AGAGAUUGAUUAACGAGACACGUUAGCCGUAGUGAAAACACAGACAGUAACAAACAUAUUGAUAUAAAAUUUGCUGGAUAGCUAAGAGUUGCUAACAAAAUUAGAUUUUGAUGAUGAGAACGUUAUGCUAACGUUUAAGCCAAAGAAAAUACCGUCCUCUGAGUAGUUUGCUUAUUUGUCCAGAAUUAAAAUGAAAUCCACACUGAAACCACAACGAGUCCUCAUAUGGAGUUUGCUAUCCGGCACACCUGGGAUAGCAAUCCUGUGGAUCAUGACCCCAUCAGGAUCAUUUUCUCUCCUGGACAAGGGGGACUGAAGAUGCAGGUGUCUGGUCCAUUCUUCAAUGAUCCAGCAGCUCCUCCAGGGCCCCCUGGUCACGCCUUCCCCGGACUCUGGGAUUAUGAAGUUGUUGAGUCCUUCUUCCUUGACAGUACUACAGAAAAUUACCUGGAGGUGGAGCUUUGCCCACAUGGACAACACCUGAUAUUGUUGCUCUCAGGAGUCGGCCAGGCAUUUGUGCAACAACUGCCCUUGGUGUUUACUUCCACGAUCGCGGGGGACAGGUGGGUGGGUGAGGCUCUCCUCCCCUGGUCAUACUUCCCUCCUAAUGUUAACAAGAUGAACUCCUACGCCAUCCAUGGUUCAGGAGAGAAGCGUACAUAUGAGGCUCUCUACCCCAUUCCCAAGGAGGAGAUUGCAGAAGGCCAAAAACCCAACUUCCACCGCCUGGAGUAUUUCCAAAAUUUUCGCCUGCAAAGCAUCAUGGGAGAAGGAUGGGUCCAGCCAGAGUCUGAUCUUUGGAAAGGAAAACCCUGAGCUUUACAAAAACACUCCCUUAUUUCACUCUCUCUCUCUGUCUCUUUCUUGCACACACAGACACACACACACAUAUGCACACACCACAGUGGCAGGGCAAUAGUACAAAUACUCACUGCCUAGGAACAAAGGGCAAUCAAUCUUUAUUAGUUAAUGAUCUCAAAUGAUGUGACAAGAAAUAUGUUAUCAGCUUGUCGGAGCGUAUUAGCCUUCACACACUGCACACUGACACGCACACACAUCACAAGCUAUUGGACAUCACCUUAUAUUGUGUGUGACCUACCACAGUCAUACUGCGGAUGGUGGCAAGGAAUGCUCACUUACGCCUUUAGCUUCUGUAUAGCCUGUGUGUUUCACUUCAAUGACAUGAAUACAGAUGGUUCUUGCCCUGUUGAUGCACACAAACACACAAACAACCAGACACACACUAUUACAGUGAAAACAUCUUUUGAAUGAGAGAUGUACUGUAAUUAAAUCAUUCUGCAAUUUUUCCACUACCUUUCUUGAUUUUCUUUUACCAAUAAAUAUGUUUACAAAUUGAUCACUUAUUGCAGGUGAAGUUAAUCAGCUUUUCUUCUCUCUGACUGCUUGACAAAUGUCACUUUAAUUGUAUUUCUGAUAUGUGAUCAUGUUUCAGUGUCUCUGUUUAUCUAUUAAAGCAAUAUUUCAUCA